AUGACGCUGUUUGGAGGACUUUCCAUUGUGUUCCUCACGUUUGCUCUGUACUGUGGGUUAGACCCCUUCGAGCACAGCCCCAUAGCGGGCUUUCCUGAUUUUAAGGUGCACAAAGUCGACUUGCCCUCAUGGUCUGAGGUUCCUACAGAACGAGACAAAGACAAUUUGUUGCAAAAAUCGGAGCUCAUGUUUGUGAACCAAGUACAAGGACCAGAAAGCAUUGCCUUUGAUCCUCUUGGUCGUGGCCCUUACACUGGUGUCGCUGAUGGAAGGAUUUUGUUUUGGAAUGGACAAUCUUGGACUGAUUUUGCAUACACCUCCCCCAACAGGUCAGAACUAUGUAAUCCUAAGGCAUCUGCAUCACCACCUAGUUAUGUCGAGACUGAGCACAUCUGUGGAAGGCCUUUGGGACUCAGAUUUGACAAGAAAACUGGUGAUUUAUACAUCGCAGAUGCAUAUUUUGGGCUGAUGAAGGUGGGGCCUCAGGGUGGUUUAGCAACAUCUCUUGCAACUGAGGCUGAAGGGGUGGCCUUGAGAUUUACUAAUGAUGUAGACAUUGAUACAGAGGGGAACAUUUAUUUUACAGAUAGCAGCACUAAAUAUCAAAGAAGGAAUUUCAUUCAGCUGGUAUUCUCUGGUGAGGGUAGUGGCAGGGUUUUGAAAUACAACCGUGUCACUAAGGAAACCACUGUUCUUGUGAGGAACGUUCAAUUUCCAAAUGGCAUUUCCUUAAGCAAAGAUGGUUCCUUUUUGGUCUUUUCUGAAGGGGCUGUUGGAAGGUUACGCAAGUACUGGCUAAAAGGAGAUAAAGCUGGGACUUCAGAGAUCUUAGCAAUCCUACCUGGUUUCCCCGACAAUGUGAGAGUCAACGGAAAUGGUGACUUUUGGGUGGCUAUCCAUUGUAGAAGGUAUAUGUACAGUUACCUUAAUGCUCUCUACCCAAAGAUGAGAAAAGUUAUACUCAAGCUACCUAUUCCAACAAGGAUUCAAUACCUGAUUCAAAUUGGAGGCAGGUUUCAUGCAGUAGUUGUUAAGUAUAGCCCUGAAGGUAAACUUCUGCAGAUAUUGGAGGACAGUGAGGGAAAAGUUGUUAAAGCAGUUAGUGAAGUGGAGGAAAAGGAUGGUAAACUCUGGAUGGGAAGUGUUCUGAUGCCUCUUAUUGCGGUUUACAACUUGACAUGA